CUGACAUACACACACACACACACAGACACACACACACGCACAUACACACACAUAUUUGCCCACACACACUCAAGUCUUGCCCUACUAAGACAAGGAGCAGGGGGAGAAUAUUCUGCCAUGAUGGUGUCAUUUCUCUCCAUUACCAAUGUGUGAGCCACACACACACACACACACACACUCAUACUCCGUUGGGAGUUGCCUUCAUGGGGGAUAAGGCCCUAUCUAGGGCACAGAGAUGGAGUUCGCAUCCUAUUCGUCACUUGUCUAGCACUCACGCAGAUGCACACACAAAUACACACACCUGGAAUCUCAUAUGUCAGAAGUGAAGACUGAAAGACUAAAUGGAGUGAAGACAUUAAACAUAUCAGAGAAGACACCAACACUAGGCCAAGGCAAAAGAAGAUUCCUCAAGUGUGCUGUAAGGACGGAGGGAGCUGCUGUUUGACCCCCUCCCUCGCUGGAGCUGUAUUGUAGGAACCUCGACUACCAAGAAAGCAGGGUGCACCUGAGACACAUAGCAAGUGUUUUACAAAGUGCCCUACAGUUGUCACCAUGAGCUGUAGGCUAGAGGGAACACCCCAGCUCUAGCCUCUAUCUCCUUCAGUGUGUGUGUGUGAGUGUGAGAGCGAGUGCGUGUAUGAGUGUAAUGGCUGUGUGUGUUUGGGCGGCAGCCCCCCUGGUCUUCCUGGGGCUGUGCCUGUGCAGCGUGGGGGGCCAGGCCCAAGGGGAGGUCCUGGAGUUUGGAGGGGUGUCCAGCCAGUGGGGGCGGUUCCCAGUGUGGAACGCCUGCUGCGAGAGUGUGCUGAGCUUCAGCCUGCGGACUCACAGCCAGGAGGGCCUUCUGCUCUACCUGGAUGAUGAGGGCUUCUGUGACUUCCUGGAGCUGCUGCUUCUCCAUGGCCACCUCCGCCUGCGCUUCUCCAUCUUCUGUGCUGAGCCGGCAGAGCUGCAAUCAGGUGUGGCGGUGAGUGAUGGGCACUGGCACGCAGUGCGUGUCAAGCGGGACUGGAGGAACACCUCGUUGGAGGUGGAUGGGCGACUGGAGGGAUGGGCGGAAGUGAAGAGCAAGAGAAGAGACAUGACAGUAUUCAGCCACACCUACAUGGGCGGGGUGACGCCAGAGCUCCACUCCUCGCCACUGCGCCUCACAUCCCCUUCGGUACGGGAACACCCUGCCUUUCGUGGCUGGAUCACGGCGGUGAGCGUCAAUGGCUCACUGGCGACGUUGGAAAGCUCAGAGGGCGUCACAGUAACAGCUGGCUGUGAGCCGGAUCACCAGUGCCAAAACGGAGGGGUGUGCAGCGUGGUCAACGACCAGGCCGUCUGUGACUGCUCCAACACUGGUUACCAAGGCAACGACUGCAGCGAAGGUCUGGCACACCUGAUGAUUGGCGACCAAGCUCGCGAGGAGUAUGUUGCCACCUUCAAGGGCUCUGAGUACUUCUGCUACGACUUGUCGCCCAACCCCAUCCAGUCUAGCAGCGAUGAAAUCACGCUCUCCUUCAAGACGCUGCAGCGCAACGGCCUGAUGCUGCACACCGGCAAGUCAGCCGACUACGUCAACCUAGCACUGAAGAACGGAGCCGUGUCACUUGUCAUCAACCUCGGCUCCGGGGCCUUCGAGGCCUUGGUGGAGCCUGUUAAUGGCAAGUUCAACGACAACGCCUGGCACGACGUCAAGGUCACCCGCAACCUGAGACAGGUGACCAUCUCUGUGGACGGCAUCCUGACCACCACAGGCUACACCCAGGAGGACUAUACCAUGCUGGGCUCUGACGACUUCUUCUACGUGGGAGGGAGCCCCAGCACUGCUGACCUGCCCGGUUCUCCAGUCAGCAAUAACUUCAUGGGCUGUCUCAAAGAGGUGGUGUACAAGAACAAUGAUGUACGGUUGGAGCUGUCUAGACUGGCUAAACUGGGAGACCCAAAGAUGAAGGUAAGCGGGGUAGUGUCUUUUAAGUGCGAGAGUGUGGCCACGCUGGACCCCGUGACCUUUGACACCCCAGAGUCUUUCGUGGCACUAAGCAAAUGGUCAGCGAAGAAGGCGGGAUCAAUCUCAUUCGACUUCAGGACCACAGAGCCAAAUGGGUUGAUGCUUUUCAGCCAUGGCAAACCCAGACAGCAGCAACGCAAGGACCCACGCACGCCUCCUACACUCAAGGUGGAUUUCUUUGCCAUUGAGAUGCUGGAUGGGCAUCUUUACUUGCUGCUGGACAUGGGCUCAGGAACCACCAAGACCAAGGCUAUCGACAGAAAGGUCAACGACGGAGAAUGGUAUCAUGUGGACUUCCAGAGGGACGGACGCUCAGGAACCAUCUCGGUGAACAGUGUGAGAACAGCGUACACAGCUCCAGGAGACAGUGAGAUCCUGGACCUGGAUGAGACUUUGUACCUCGGAGGACUACCUGAAGACCGCGCUGGACUCAUCUUUCCUACAGAGGUGUGGACGGCUCUGUUGAACUAUGGUUAUGUGGGCUGCAUCAGAGACCUGUUUGUGGACGGGCAGAGCAAAGACAUCCGGCGGCUGGCGGAGGCCCAGAGGGCGGUGGGGGUGAAGCCCUCCUGCUCGAGAGAGCCGCCCAAACAGUGCCUGUCCAACCCCUGCCAGCACAACGGCAUUUGCAGGGAGGGCUGGAAUCGCUACGUCUGCGACUGCUCUGGGACGGGAUACCUGGGACGCUCCUGUGAGAGAGAUGCGACUAUCCUGUCGUACGACGGCAGUAAGUUUAUGAAGGUUCAGUUGCCUAUGGCAAUGCACACUGCGGCGGAGGACGUCUCGCUACGCUUUCGCUCCCAGCGGGCCUAUGGCGUUCUCAUGGCAACCACAUCCCGUAACUCCGCAGACACUCUUCGUCUGGAGCUGGAUGGGGGCCGUGUCAGACUCACUGUCAACCUAGACUGUAUCAGGAUAAACUGUACAGCCAGUAAAGGCCCAGAGACCAUCUUUGCGGGGUCGGGCCUCAAUGAUAAUGAGUGGCACACGGUGAGGGUAGUCCGGCGUGGCAAGGGCCUCAAACUCACCGUAGACGACCUGCAGCCUGUUGAAGGUCAGAUGGCGGGCGACCACACCCAGUUGGAGUUCCACAAUGUGGAGACGGGUAUUGUGACGGAGAAACGCUUCAUGCCUGCCGUGCCCUCCAAUUUCAUCGGCCAUCUUCAGGGGCUGACGCUGAACGGCAUGCCCUACAUCGACCUGUGCAAGAACGGUGACAUCGACUACUGCGAGCUCAACGCUGUUAUUGGCUAUAAGAGCAUUGUGGCUGACCCCGUCACCUUCCGCUCGCGCUCCAGUUUUGUCACACUGCCCACGCUGCAGGCCUACUACUCCAUGCAUCUCUUCAUGCAGUUCAAGACGACGUCGCCCGACGGCCUUGUUCUCUUCAACAGGGGGGACGGCAAUGACUUCAUAGUGGUAGAGCUGGUUAAAGGCUACCUACACUACAUCUCUGACCUGGGCAAUGGAGCACACCUGAUCAAGGGCAACUCUAACAGUCCCCUAAACGACAACCACUGGCACAACGUGCACAUAUCCAGAGACACUAACAAUCUCCACACAGUCAAGAUUGACACCAAAGUCACUACGCAGACCACCAUGGGUGCCAAGAACCUCGACCUAAAGGGUGACCUGUACAUCGGGGGCGUCUCCAAAGAGAUGUACCGAGACCUGCCUAAGCUGGUCCACUCCCGCGAGGGAUUCCAGGGUUGCCUAGCAACAGUUGAUCUAAAUGGCCGGCUCCCUGACCUUUUGGCUGAUGCACUGGCAACCAUGGGACAAGUAGAGAGAGGCUGUGAAGGCCCCAGCACUACAUGUCAAGAAGACUCCUGCUCAAAUCAGGGAGUUUGUUUGCAGCAGUGGGAAGGCUUCACCUGUGACUGCAGCAUGACGUCAUAUGCUGGGCCACUAUGCAAUGAUGCUGGGACCACUUAUAUAUUUGGCCGUGAUGGAGGUUUGGUGGUUUACACGUGGCCCCCUAAUGAACGUCCCAGCACCAGGGCAGACCGGCUUGCCCUCGGGUUCAGCACCCAACAGAAACACGCCAUUCUGCUCCGGGUGGACAGCGCGUCUGGUCUGGGAGAUUACCUUCAGCUGCAAAUAGACAAAGGCAACAUUAGAGUAGUGUUUAAUGUUGGCACUGAUGACAUCAACAUCGAGGAGAGCUCCAAGUUUGUCAACGAUGGAAAGUACCACAUAAUUCGGUUCACCCGCAGCGGAGGCAAUGCAACCCUCCAACUGGACGACCUGCCAGUCAUAGAGCGCUAUCCCUCAGGCAACAUUGAUAACGAGCGCCUGGCCAUCGCCAGACAGCGAAUCCCCUAUCGGCUCGGUCGAGUAGUUGACGAUUGGCUACUCGACAAAGGUCGCCAACUGACCAUCUUCAACAGCCAGACGACGGUGCGUGUUGGUGGAGGUGAGCGUGAAGGUAUGUUCCAGGGCCAGCUGUCUGGACUCUACUACAAUGGCCUCCGCAUACUCAACAUGGCCGCUGAGGGGCACCCCCACAUCAGAGUGGAAGGAAGCGCACGACUGGUCGGCGACAUGCCGUCCUCCUCCAUCACCCCGCAGUCCAGUGCUGCAGCGGGAGGCAACCGCUCUGACUCCGCCCCCUCCACGAGUGACAUCACAACCACCACGGCCACCAACAGGAAACAGGGGGCCACACAGCAGUCGGUAGACGACCUGCUGGUGGCGUCAGCUGAGUGUCCCAGCGAUGAUGAAGACAUUGACCCCUGUGACCCCAGUUCAGCCCGCCCUCCCCUGCCAGAGGUUAAGGUGUUCCCAGGUCCAUCUGAGGUGGUUCGGGAGAGCAGCAGCACUACAGGUAUGGUGGUGGGCAUCGUGGCGGCUGCAGCCCUCUGCAUUCUCAUCCUCCUCUAUGCCAUGUACAAGUACCGCAACCGCGACGAGGGUUCCUACCACGUGGAUGAGAGCCGCAACUACAUCAGCAACUCAGCCACACAGCCCAACGGCAGCGCCAAGGACAAGCCGCUGGGGAUCGCCAAGAUCUCCAAGAACAAGAAGAACAAAGACAAGGAGUACUACGUCUGAGGCGGAAGACGUCCGACACACAGACAUAUACGCAUACACCUUUAUAUAUAACGGUAUAUGUACAUAAAGAUAUAUUCUCAACAAACAAAAAAAAGCACACAUACACACCGACAUAGACAUGCUGAUGUUAAUGUUUACUCUCCAAUAAUCACAUCUGCACACAUGCUGGCAGGCACAAACAUAUACACAUUCAAGCACACAUACAUUUAAGCACAAACAUACACACACACACACUCAUACAGACUGGCCCAAGGGUGUGGACCCUUAUUGUACAGUAUUUACCAAUGAGAAAAGCCUCUGAAAGAGGCUUGUUUUAAGAACAUAAAAACCAUUCCAAAUGAUUUAAAAAAGCACCAGUUCAACUCCCAGUUAAGAACAAUUUUGGGGCCAGCCAGAUAAAAAGACCAGUCACUCCCCUGCCACAGUAGGACCUCUCCUGUUGGACUUGGAGAGGUCAAGGAAGACUUUUAAGUGAAGCACAUGGCAGACUGAGUGUGUUGAGCGAAAGGGCAGAGCACCAGAACAAAGAUGAUGUAAAAGCACCAAGACAAGCACUAAGUGUCUCUCCCAAGUUUCUUGGCAUUCCUCCCCUUUAGCAGACGGGACUUGAUGAAGCACUGAGGAUGCUGAAGAAACAAGCACACUGACAGUCCAAGUCUAACCCCAAGCAACAUGACAGGGAAUCAAGGUGUAGCAAUAGAGACAGUAAAUUACGAGUUAAUAGGCAGAGGCAGGGCUGGUGCCGUGAAUAUAAUGGAUAGGCUGUGGUGCUGCUGUUUUAUGGCACCCUCUAAAUCACAAAGGUGGAAUCAACGGAAAACGGAGAGAUUUUUCCUGGACAGGAUACUUGAGACUUCAGAUGCUACCUACGGACACCAGUCGUGCAUGACUGCGGUGUCAUCACACACAUACAUACAGCACACAUGCACACACAGAAAAUAUAAACAAUCUAUACCUGCAGACAUACACAUACCUGCAAUGCUAAAGACCGACCAUAUCUUCAUAUCUGACACUGAAGACUAUAAAAGAAGACAAUGGUGAAAAUGACAAUGACCAUUAUGAUAAUUGUUAUGGCAAUGAUAAUGAUGAACAUGAAGAACAUUUGGGCAGUAUAGACUUUUUGGGGAAGGGAGGGGGGGGGUCUUAUUGCACGUGAAUUAUCUUACUCCGUGUGAUUUAUACCGCAUUGAAAUUCCAGAGGUUACACCGUGAUGCACCACCAUCAUAAACUUACCACCUUGGCUUGAAGUAUUUCUAAAUACACACUUCAAAUGGUUUUCAGUCUGUGGGAUUCAACCAUGAUUUAAUCUCUGAAUCGACUCUCAGUUCAAAUCCUUAUUGACAAAGUGUGACCAUCUCGAGUGUGCUGCAUGCCUGAGUCUCUGAACUGUGCUGUGAAGUGGUUGCGUGUCCCACUAAGUCCAGAGGUGGUAGGUUUGUUUGUGGGAGGAGGGAGGGUGUUGUUGUGCAACGCCUGGAUGUGUGCGGCCACCAAAGGCCACGUCCUGUUUUUUAGCCUGAUGUCUUAUAGGCCACUCCCACUAUACCUGCUCUAACCAACCACCUUUUUUUUAGCAAAAAAACAGCCGAGGAAAAGAAUCAAAAACAGAACAAAGUAAAUGUUACCAUGUGUUGCUAAUAGAUAGAAAAGUCCAGUUCAUGAUGCCAUUGACUCUAUGAAAACCUGAGUUGCUUUGAUUUCAUUGCUCUCCAUUUCUCUCUUUCUCUUUGUGUCCUUUUGUCUUCAUGCUAUUGGUUGACUGUUUAUUAUUAAUAUUCAUGACAUGAACAAUACAGGGCAGAUAGAUGGGUUUCCGAUGUGCUACCGUAUAAUUAUCUGUUUAUGGACUUUUGCAGUGUCUGAGCCCUCAACAGCUCAAGAAUUGUAGCUCCAUGAUAUAUCACUACAAACAGUGCCAUGACAUGAACAAGCCCCUCCUGAUCUUGCAAGCAACAUAAUGAACCAGUCGGAUGCAUGCAAAAUGACCAGGGCGAGAACGGACAUGAAAACGACUGUGUGAGAUUUGAAAGUUAAAUGUCAAAAUUAACUUAACAUAUUUCCUUAUUCUUUCUUUCCUCAACUGGCCUUGACCUCCUUUUCCUCCCUUCUCAUUUUCCCCUUGUUUUGUAAGUUUCCCACUCUGCCCUCCCAGUUCCUCCGUGUCUAUCGCUUUCUUUCCCCUCUAUCUCUGUUCUGUUGCCAUCUGAAACAAAGGAGGUGUCUCAACCAAUGGGAUUCUACAUCUAGGUGUUCAUUAACCAUGUUUAUUUUCUAUAUGUACAAUUUUUCUACAGUAUUUACUUUUAUUUUUAUUGUUACGGUUCUUUGAUGAA